GAACAGCAGCCUUUAACACAGCCCAGCUUGCUUUUCUGUGCAUUCGAGGCAGCACAGGAUACGGGCUCACACACUCAAUCAUAUCUCAAACUGGAGUCACAGUGAGGAAACAGAAUGUCAGGGAAGGAAGCGCUGAAGCCGGUGGGAAAGCACAAUUUGCCACAAGUCGGCACAGCUUUUUUCUGACCUGCUCUAACGAGUGUGAGGUAGAAGUUUAGGUUUAUAAUAGCAAAUAACAGGGUUUUUUUUCUGGGGAAACAGAUGAAAACACAAAAUAAGAAGAUUUAGUAAAGCAGCAGAAAUUUAGCUUUUAUUUGGAUACCUACUUCAAGAUCAGGACUUUCACAAAGAGGAGACACACAUCGGGGGAAAAUUCUUGAAAUUCUCUCCAUCUGCUGCCACCAUAGAACUGCAGGAGGGCGGAUCAUCACGUUUACCACACGAACACACCGCAAACAAGAUGAGUUUGUCACGGAGCGGGACGCUGGAGAAGACGGUGUCGGAGCAUGCCCACUCUGAGGCCCGCUCCCCCUCCAGAGCGGGGUCAGGGGUCGUGGUGCCGCCUCCUUAUUCUCUGGGUGGCAGCGAGGUGGCGGACACCCCUCUGGAGCUGAGGGGCUCCCUGGACUGCUGGGCGUGCUCGGUGCUGGUCACUGCACAGAAUCUGGUCAUCGCACUGAUCAACGCCUCUCUGGCCAGCCUCGUGUUCGGCACCAUCCUCACCCCUGCUCUGGCCAUGAUCAUAUUCGGCUUCCUCUGCCAUUCCACUGUGCAGCCUCAUGGAACCUCCCUGUACUGUUCAGACCUGCUGGAUGACGGCGGCUGUGUUGCCCUGCUGGUGGUGGGUUUUCUGCUGCUCACCCCUCUGCUGGUCCUGGCUCUGGCCGCCUACUGCCGCCUGGCCCGACACCUCCAACUGGGCAUGUGCUUCAUCCCCUACAGCCGAGCAGUCUACAAGAACCUGCCGGCUUCACGCCACCGAGGCCGCAGUUCAGGAGGAUGCUGUGGGCAGGAGGGAGCAGCCGAGAGGGAGGGGAAGGGCAGCGUUUGGGUGUAGGCGAGGAGAACAGGGGGUACAUGGUUGUAAUACGUAGAGUGGCUCUUUUUUAAAAAAUUUUUAACGCAAAUUGCAUUUCAUUUUUUUCUGAAGCCAUUGUAAAAAUCCAUCGUAUUUCAUCAUUUAUAUUGAAUGUCUUGUAUGUCAGUAUUGCUUUUUGUGUGCAGUUUUAGUGUGCUGAAUGUAUUUUAUACCUUUUUACAAUAAAGCGUCACUAAACCGGCUGCUUCAUGUUUUAGACAAGAGGCUGAACAAGAUGGACUAUCAAAGAAAAACACUGAAUAGAUUCAAUGAAUAAAAUACUUCAAGUAUGGAUCAGAUGACACACUACUGUUAGAACACAGGCAAAUAGAGCAUUUUGAUAACUGUAACCUUAGGCUGUAUGUGCUACCUGGUUUAUUGGUUAUUCUCUCUUUUUCACACCCCACUUCUCAGAAAUGCAGGCUUGUAAUAGUGUCAUCUCACUGAACCUUUACAAAAAUAAAACUCGUAACACUGUGGUAAACAGUAAAAAUCGCAGAAAAAUGUGCAGAUUAAAAUAUCAACACGAAUGCAGAAAAAACAACUUUACUAUAACAUCCUGAUUAUUAAAUAUUAAUGUAUCGAUGUAUGAACUUCACUUUAAUGUUGCAGCUGGUCAAGUUGGACAUAAUUUUCACUAUUUUACUCUUAAUACCAUGUCGCUCAUUCUGUAAUUGCACAUUACAUGGUAGACUUUUUUUAGAUUGUUUUGUAUUAAGAAUCUGAAUUUUUCGAGUCAAUAAAACUGCAAUAUCAAUGCAAUA